GAAAUUACUAAAUUACAUGCCCGGAUUGAGCAAAUUCCAUUUGCCAUGCUUCGCUUCAGUUCCCUCGCCCGCGCUCAAGCCCUACCUCUGUUCUAGCCGCGAAUCGGUUCCGGUUUUCGCCGUGAAUCCCGUCGCCGUCGCCGUGUUUCUCCGCCGCUGAGCUGUGUUCAGGGCCGUGCGUCACGUCGGCAAAUUCCAGGCAAUAAUAGGCAUCAGCGGCCUUCUCUUGAUCUUGCCGCCGACCUCGUUGCUUCGCUAGUCAAAUUUUGUCGUGUCUGAUUUCUUCACCGAAGAGGACAGAAGAAAAUCAGUUAUGUCUGUGGAUGAUGGUUCUGAUAUUAUAUUCUUACACGACAAUAUAUCGUAUAAUGGAGAUCGGAUUGCCAGAGGGAUUACAAGGGAAGUUUCAAGAGAAAUAGAGUUAGAUUUAGCAUAUUCUUCAGAAAAAGUUUCGAAUUUAGAGUUACUUGUGAUGCAAGUGGCCGAAAGAGCAAGCGACUAUGAAACUCUUACCAGCAGCUCUGAAGAACUUUCGACGGAGUCCAUUGCGAGGGCUUUUCAAUUUGAUAUUUUAAGCGGAUUCUUGAACUCAGAGUUGAAAGAGAUAGAAAGCUUUUUAUCCAGUCUUCAACUAGUCAUCAUUGAUGUUCACAAGAAGUUCACUGAAAGUGACGAUAACACUGAAGAGUCCUCAUCAAACAUUGAAGCGAAGCUACAUUAUGCUGGGGAAUCUUUGAGAAAUUCCCAAGAACAGGUUGCUUAUAUUCGCAAACAAUCUGAAAAUUUUGAAAGAUUACUGGCCUUUGGGAUUUCUAUAGACGUGGAUUUAGAGAAUGGCAGUAAACUUAUGAAUUCAAAGUGGAAUCUGCAAAGUUUAGAGCAACAGAGACAUUUUUUACAAUCAUUAGAAAAAUCAUUGGCCAGGGAAAUGGAUCUUGAAAAGAUGCUGUCUGAAUCGAAAAAUAAUGAAAAUGAGCUAAAGAUGAAACUUUAUUUUGCAGAGCAGGAUGCAUACUAUAGUGAAGACUUGAUAGAAACAAUAAUGGAGAGAGUGUUUGCAGCUGAAAAUACUGUUGAGUUACUUUUGGGAAAUUCAAAGGAAUUUAUGGAGCUCCAGAAUAGUGAGUACGGUUCCACUGCGUCAACUGCCCGAGAAUGGGAGAAGUCUAACAUGGGGAAAGCCAUUGUGGAACCAUCUGCUGAAGAAGCUGGUCCUGUUAGAGAAGGUAGCAGCCGACAAAAUACUUUUUACCUUGAAAAUAAUAACAUGGAAAACAUAAUUACGGGUCUCAGGGAAAAUGUCAUAGAAAUACAAAGCAGGGCAGAAAGUGCUGAAGCACGGUGUGCUCAGUUGAUGAAAGUUAAUGAAGAACUAAAUGUUGAAGUGGGACUUCUCAGAAAUAAUGGAACUGAGAAGACUGAUUUGGAAAGGAAGCUCAAGGAAUCAGAGAAACAGUUGGAGCAUGCAAAGGCAUCUGUUGAUGCAAAUAACAAACAGAAGAAUAUGCAAUAUACUACACUAAAAGAUAUGGAACGAUUAAUUGAAGACCUACAGGGGAAGGUUUCUAAUGCAGAAAAUAGGGCUGAGCUUGUGGAUGCUAAACUAUUGAAUGAUACAAACUUUGAAUUAAAUGAAGAAUUGUGCUUUCUGAGAGGAAGAUUAGAAAGUUUAGAGGCAUCAUUGCAUCAAGCUGACAUGGCGAAGGUAGCUAUUGCUAAGGAUAUUGGUAACCGGACCACACUUAUUGUUGAACUAGUGAAGAAGUUGGCAUCAGAAAGAGCGCGUAUUCAACUGCAGAUGUCUACAUUAACGAAAAAGAACAAGAUCUUGACAAAGAAAUGUUUGUGGCCAGAAAAUGAUGUCGUCCUGAAUCAUGAGAAAGCUAAAAAUAACAAUGAUCAUGGUAGCUUCAAUUCGUAUAAUGAAACCCUUGCAGAGUCUGUGUCUACAAAUUUUCAGGUGGAUGAAUCUAUGGCUAGUGCUGCCUUAGAAAUGAAGCAGGAUCCUACAGUAUCAGCAGAGGACUCUUUGGCUGCUCUUCCCAAUGCAGAGCUUGUAAGAACUAUUGAUGCCACCCAGCUUAAUUGCAAGUAUUUUUUCCUGGCCUUCAUUGUCUCACUCCUAUCAGUCUUAGCUGUGUUCUUAUUUCAACUUGAGAACUCUUAAUCCUAAUUUCUAUAUAUAAACGAGCAAAUAUUUCGUACUUUUGCUCACCAUAUGUUUUUUUUUUUCCAAACUAAUUCAGUAGGAGCAUGAAUCCAUCACUGAUACACAUUAUUUUUUAUUAUUUUAGUAUCAUUUCUUUAUUUUGUUGGA